AUGGAGAAUUAUAUGAAUAAAGACAACUUGCAACAUGUUGGCACGGAAUACCCGUCUAUGGAUAAACUACUAUCCGCAAUGCAUAGCCCAUUAGACUUGCCGAUUCAACUGGAUAAGGUUGAACUCAAUUUUGAAUACUCGAGUCACACUUUUCUGAGUUUUAAUGUGACAAACGGAGAUCAUUAUAUAUGGAGACUUUAUGAAAACCGAGUUACUUUGGAGAAGAAUAAAACACAAAAAGUUAUCAACCUGGAAGGAUCAAAAGAAGAGAAAUUGCAUAAACUGGUCCAAUAUUAUCUGGAACAAUCAAGAAAUGUCAUGCAAAUUUUUAAACUAACUGGAUACCCUGACAAAUGGAAAUCAAGAAGAUCAAUAAGAACGAAAGUGUUUCACCUACUGGUUACUAAACCGAUUGCACCAGAUUGCCAACGUAAUGGAGAUCUACAGAUGUUCAGUAUCGUGUGUGCUAUAGAUAGGGCGAUUGUCAAAGAAGUUACUUACACAUUGCUCCAAGACUUUAGCUCUAGUCCAAUGAACGUUCCAUAUGAACCACACACUGAGGUGAAGUUCAUGGCAUCAAUGGCGCGGAAAGAAAACAUUUACAAAAUCUACUUGGAAAACGUCACUUUGGACUUUGGAUGGUCAUCACCGUCUAUCGAAGAGUGUCAAGAGCUGAUUGAGAAGCAUUUUCGUCGCCGGAGAGUUGGACUUCCGACGACGAUUCUCACUAAGAACACACAUCGUCAUGUCGAACACUUCUGCAAAAAAGACAACUGGAAAUUCACUCCAGAAGCAGACAUCCUAGCUGUUACCUUUUAUCCCGAAAACAAACAAGUACCAGGGGACGAUUCAGCAGUGGUGAUCAGAUUUUUCCCUUGUAGUGACAAGAUUACUGUAACCGUCGAACCAGGAAAAUCUAAAGGUCUUUGUAUUCAAAAUGACGUGGACGAGUUGAGAAGACAAAACCGUCGAAUUCAAUGGCGUUCAUAUCAAACGAGACAGUUGAUGAGAGCCGAGCAUUGUUGGGAGCCAUCAAUCCCUUAUGACAUAAAUAAGAUGCUUGUCGAUUUCAACAACAUUCGAUUGGAAGUGGAUGGAGAACCUCUCCAAAUUCAUUCCAGCGCUGAUUUGGUCAAAAAGGUUGUCGACCUAACGGCACAUGAAGAAUCGAGAAUAAAAUUGUUGAUGAUCAUCGGGCAUGGUCAUCUCACGUGUGACAGAAGAAAUUACAUCAUCCACACUAAGGAGCUGAUCCUGGUAAACUCUGAACAAUAUCCACAUAUGUUCUUGAUGAAUUUCCUAGGAAUCAGCUUGAAAAAAUUGGAGGCUUCAUCCAGAAAACAUAUCGAUGAUGUACUGAAAUAUAUAGACUCCGCCGAAAAAAUUGAGUGGCUCGACAAGAACAACAAGCGAGUAAAAAACUAUGCAUAG